AUGGGAGCUCGACAAGGCCGUGUGAAUUACGAUCAAUGGGACACAAAUAAUAUUCAACAAGCUACUGGCUUAUCUCCCCAACAAAUUCAACAACUUAAACAGCAAUUUUUCAACGCCGCUGGUCGUGAUGGAGUGAUCAGUAGAAACGAAUUUCCUAAUGUCUAUUCAAGCUUGUACGGUGGACAAGGCUACAUAUCACCCGAUCAAAUCGAACGUAUCUUUCGAACAUUCGAUCGUGACAAUACCGGUUCAAUCUCCUUCGAUGAAUUUCUAAAUGCUAUGAUCAUGAACAAUCAUAACAUGCCUCGCCAAGAUCGUAUUGGCUAUGUUAUUCGUCAGAAUAAUCCCGGACGUGGUGAUGGCCGAAUUUCAGCACAGUAUGGCCAUCAAGUGUUACGCCGUCUCAAUGACUAUUACAAUUUACCACCAGGCACUGAGCAUCAAUGUUGGAAACAACUCGAUCGCCAAAAUCGUGGUUAUGUCACGGAACAAGAAAUGAUGGGAUACAUCCGUCAACAAGAAGGUUAUAGUCGCCGUUACCGUUAG